AUGGGGGACACCGAAAACGAUACUGAUAUCGACGGGGUGAGGCACCGCGAUCGAAACUAUUGUAUCCGAGCAUUGGCUGCUGUCUUUCCAAACAUUUGCCUACAGUACCUUGAAACGGUCGCCGUACGCUUUCAUUUCAGUCCCGAUGACGCAAUCGGCUACAUCCUCGAUCAUCCAGAAUCAGAACAACCUAAACAGACAGUCGGAAAGAGGAAGCGCGAUAAUAAUGAACAGGAUGACCUGGAAGAGAGAUUGCGCAAGGACAGGCGCCUGUACACUUCCGACGAUCGCAAGCAACCCUCAGAAAAUGGACCCAAAGCGAGAACAAUGAUUGCUGGUGACUUUCCCACGGUCCCUAUGAAGGUUGUCAGAGAGUUUCUCUCAGAAAAUAAACAUAGUCUUUAUUCUGCAUAUCUUGCCCUUGACAAGACUAUCAAACAAACAGAUAAGCCUUUAUCAUCUUGGAAACAAAAAACGAAGGUCUCAUCUCUAGCACCAGAAUACGACGAAAAGAACUUCGUGGAUACCAUCAGAUCCACGGAUCACCAGCAAGACAUGGAGCUAAUGGAGGAACUCAAGGCUGCUAGACUUGCUGUACGACAGGCAAAUUUGAAGAGACAGAGGGAAACCGAAGCCCUUGAGGCAGAGAAGCGAAACUUUGACGAGGCACAAGCCAAAGGCGAAACAAAGGAUUGCGAGUGUUGUUUUGACGAAACUCCAUGCAAUCGGCUCGUUCAUUGCGAUGGCGAGAAUACUCACAACUUUUGCAUUCCAUGCGCUCGCCGGAACGCCGAGACCCAAGUUGGUCUCUCAAAUUACAAACUGAAGUGUUUGUCCAUUGAAGGCUGCCCGGCUGGCUUUUCUUUCAAAGAACGGAAGAAGUUCUUGGUCGACUCACUGGCUUCUGUUCUCGACAGAAUUGAGCAGGACGAGAACCUUCGACAGGCCGGGUUGCCCAAUCUUGCCAGGUGCCCCUUCUGUUCGUAUGCAGAAGAGUACCCGUCGGUGACCGAAGACAAAGAGUUCCGUUGCCGAAGGCCCGACUGCAUGAUCACAAGUUGUCGUCUUUGUAACUUGGAAACUCAUAUUCCCAAGACUUGCGAAGAGGUGGCUGGAGCAAAGCUUGACCUCAGGCGACAGGUGGAAGAGGCCAUGUCGGAAGCUCUUAUCCGCAAGUGCAACAAGUGUACGCCUCCAAAUGACAACUUCGAUUGCAAUGGUUUUCUGUGGCUAAUUUCUUUCGACAGGCAAUGCACCUUUUGUCAAAGAAUCUGGCUGUAA